AUGGAUCUGGAAAGUUCCGCAGGUGGCCUCACCGAGGUCAUGGACAAAGACAAAGCCACAUCUAAGAUUCCCAAUAGCCCCUCGCUUGGGGAACGUUCGAUCGACCAUGGGGAAAAUGACCUGUUGGGCAGGGAAGUUGAUCAAGUGCUCGCAGCGAAGAUGGUGAUUGUCAACGACGCCAUCGAUGAAAUUGGAUUUACAAGUCACCACUGGAAACUGUUCUGUUUGAAUGGCUUCGGGUACGCUGUCGACUCGCUCAUCCUGCUUAUUCAGUCCAUCAUCUCAGCCAAGGCCAGGCUAGAAUUCCAGCCCAGCUACGCGACGGGUCUGACAAUUGCGGUUUAUGUUGGUAUGCUGGCUGGCGCCAUCUUCUGGGGAUUUUCGGCCGAUAUCAUCGGUCGCCGCUUUGCAUUCAACGUGUCCCUUUUCGUUUCCUCGAUCUUCACGGUAGUGGCUGGGGCUGCCCCGUCGUGGAUUACACUGGGGUUGUUUAUUUCCCUGAGUGCAUUCGGCGCAGGGGGAAACCUUGUCCUGGAUACAACGGUCUUCCUUGAAUAUCUUCCCAGCAAGAAUCAAUGGCUUUUGACACUCAUGGCGGCUUGGUGGGGCCUCGGUCAACUAAUUGCAGGCCUCUUUGCAUGGGCUUUCCUUCCAAACUACUCCUGUUCUGAUGCAGCCACCUGUACAAGAGAGAAUAACCAGGGUUGGCGGUAUGUCUGGUACACUUCGGGGGCUUUUGUCUUUAUUCUCUCCGUUCUUCGGAUCACCAUCGUUCGGCUGCAGGAGACACCAAAAUUUCUCGUCGCGGAAGGAAAGGAUGCAGAGGCCGUUCGAGUGCUCCAGGAUCUUGCCACACAGUAUAAUCGUCCGUGCAGCAUUAGCGUAGAGCGCCUGGAGGCCUGCGGUGCAUCUCAUCGCCACGAGACCACCGCAACCGGAAUGACAAAACGGCUCAUUUCUUCCAAAGAAGUUAUUUACCAUUUGCAGGGGCUCUUCGCAACCAAAAAGAUGGCCAUCUCCACCACACUGGUGUGGUUCUCCUGGCUUCUCAUCGGCCUCGCCUAUCCGCUAUACAAUGUCUUCUUGCCAACAUAUCUCGCAUCGCGUGGUGCGAGCUUUGGCCAAGCGAGUGACUAUAUCACCUGGCGCAACUAUGCUAUCAACAACACUUGCGGUAUUUUCGGUCCUGUCCUAGCGGGGCUCAUGUGCCGCUCACCUUGGUUCUGGGGCCGCCGUGGAACAAUGAUAAUUGGCGCCAUUAUUACUAUGGUAUUUUUCUUCUGCUACACUCAAGUACGCACAGCCAGCCAGAAUCUCGGUUUUACAUGUACGAUUUCGUUCUGUUUGAACAUAUAUUACGGUACACUAUAUGCAUAUACACCCGAGGUUUUCCCUUCCGGUCACAGAGGCACCGGCAACGGGGUUGCUAUUGGUCUCAAUCGUAUUAUGGGUAUAGUGAGUGCUGUGGUUGGAGAAGCCGCUGAUACCACAACCCCUGUUCCAAUUUUCAUAUGUGCAGCACUGUAUAUCGUCAUGGCUAUUGUGGCUGGUGCAUUUCCCUUCGAGCCGUACGGCCGACGCAGCAGCUAA